AUGACGUCGCAGCUUGACCAGGUCAAAAGCCAGAUUCAAGACCAGCUAGUCAGCCUGGGCAACUACGACGAUAUCAGUCGGCAACUCAAGGUCCAGCUUUACGAGUCUGGAUGGUUUGACCAGGUGCAAAAACUUGCAGUGCUGGAGUUGGGCGGGGGAAACGAAAACUUUGAUCAUUUAUACCAGGCGAUCAAGCCGCUGGCGGAAGAGUUGGUCCCGCAGCAUGUGAGGGAUGAGAUCACUGAGAAGAUCCGUCGCUACGUCGAAGAAAUUGUGCAGUGA